AUGACUUGUAGUUUCAUAUACUCUUGUGAUGUUGGAGGUGGUUGCACAAUCCUCAAUUGUAUCCUUCUUUCUUUCUGUCUAUCUAUCUACAUCUAUUUUUCUCUUUUCUCUGUCUUUUUUUCCUUCAGUAUCCUUCUUUCUUUCUGUCUAUCUAUCUACACCUAUUUUUCUCUUUUCUCUGUCUUUUUUUUCCUUCAGUAUCCUUCUUUCUUUCUGUCUAUCUAUCUACAUCUAUUUUUCUCUUUUCUCUGUCUUUUUUUCCUUCAGUAUCCUUCUUUCUUUCUGUCUAUCUAUCUACAUCUAUUUUUCUCUUCAAGCUCUUUUCUCUGCUCCUUUCUCUCUCUCUCUCUCUCUCUCUCUCCUUCUUGUUUAAUAUCUUCUCUCUUUCUUUCCUUCUAUUUCUCCACUCCUCCUUCUUCCACUCAUGCUUUCAUAAUACUUUUCUUUCCUUUUUUCUUUCUUUCUUUCUUUCUUUCUUACUUUUUUUCUUCUCCACAUUCUUUCCUUCAUAACAUUUCUGUACAUUUUCUUUGCUUUCUUUAA